AUGAAGAAAAAAUAUAUUCAUUUAAAGUUAUUAUCCUUCUUAUCGAAUCUCAGGUACUUGGACAUUUCCAAUACCAAUGUUUCCGGCACUCUUGCACCUGAAUUCGGAAACCUAACGAUGCUUGAGGAGUUGCUGCUCUUCAAGACCCGAAUUUCGGGCGAAAUCCCUGCAAGUUUCGGGAACUUGAAAGCUCUAAAGGUGUUAGACCUAUCCCAAAACCAGCUAUCAGGGGCAAUUCCUCAAGAAAUAGCUUCCUUGAAGAGACUCACCAGGAUCAGCCUACUGGAAAACGAGCUGAGCGGUGAAAUACCAGAAAAUAUUGGCGAGUUACAAGAACUUGACACAUUACUCCUAUGGACAAACUCGUUGAACGGAACUCUCCCUCAAAAGCUGGGAUCCAACGGCAAGUUACAGCAUCUGGACGUGUCGACGAACUCGCUCACGGAUCCAAUCCCACAGAACCUCUGCCUUGGAAACAAGCUCUUUAAGCUCAUUCUCCUCUCCAAUCGGUUGGUCGAUCAGCUCUCGAAAUCGCUGACCAACUGCACCUCCUUGGCUUGGUUUCGGAUUCAAAACAACCAACUCAACGGCUCUAUCCCAUACGGUUUCGGGUCCUUUUCGAACCUCACCUUUGUCGACCUCAGCACCAACAAUUUCUCUGGCCCAAUUCCGGAAGAUUUCGGAAAUGCCAUCAACCUAGCGUACGUCAACAUCUCCCAAAACCAAUUUGACUCCGUUUUGCUCGACAACCUCUGGAACGCCACAGUCAUGCAAGUCUUCUCGGCCAGUUCCGCCAAGUUGAUAGGCAAAAUCCCAGACUUCGUUGGAUGUCGAAGCCUCUACAAGAUUGAGCUCCAAGGAAACUCUCUCAAUGGUUCUAUUCCUUGGGAUAUCAGUCACUGCGAGAGGCUUCUGUCUCUGAACCUGAGCCGCAAUUCCCUAACAGGUAUAAUCCCCUGGGAGAUCUCCACGCUUCCCUCAAUCACCGACGUUGAUCUUUCGCGUAAUUUUUUGACGGGCAUGAUUCCCUCCAACUUCGGUAACUGUUCCACACUACGCGUCCCACAAGUGCAAGGUGUUCUUGGUCUCGUCGCCGAUGGCCACAUGCAGCAAGCCGCUAGCUUUCCAUGGCUGGAUUCGACUGCUCCUUAA